AUGGAGGCCAGCCAAGGCCAAGAUGGCUAUCCACCUUUCCGACCGGCAACGACGGUUACCAUCACUUCAGAUCAAGAUCUUGAGAAGCAGCGGCAGCUUGAGGAAUGGGAAGUGGCCAGGAAGAGCGCCCCUUCACCUUUUCUUGGCCCGGAGGGCAAGGCGCAGCCUGUCAUUGCAUUGUUCGCCCUGAUCUUGUGGUUUCUCACCUCUGCAGCUGGCAUCGUCUUCUUCGUCCUGGCGUUGGUGGGUAUAGUCGUUUCAAGGGCUGCAGAGCUGCCCAGCCGCACCGUGGUCUUCGCAGCCUCAGUAGUCGGUGUCGCCUAUACCGUGAUUCACCUGGCGGCUGCCAGGACCAGCUACAGGAAAAAGGAACACGGAUCGCCGCAGAUAUACGGCAACUACAAGCAUGCCAUGGGCCUGUUGCUGGUGCGACUUAGCGUGCCCGUCUGGAUAACGGCAGUCGUCACGGCGGCCCUGGCCGUUGCCAACAUGCAAGACGCACUCAUGCGGUCCUUCCUAACAGACCCAAAGCAGAUGUCGUAUGUUAAUCUGAUGAUAGCUACUGUUGGACUAGUGGCAAACCUCGCUCUACUCUUCUGCGUGGAGACUUCGGUGACGCCCUUUGCGACAGCAUUAAUCUCCAAGAAAGAGUUUCUGCAACGUCGUGGCAAAACCACCUCUAUGAUGUUUGGACCUUAUGUGUUUGAGGAAAAAAGUCGAGAACCACAACUCCCCUUACCCAUCGGUCAACCACAACCACAACAACAACAACACCGUGUGCUGAAUAGCCAUGAUCGUGUUAACGGGUCAUGGCCUGUGCAGAGGAGCCAGUCAAAUGCAUCAAGCAUUUAUUCCACCCAGACCCAGCCGCGAUUUCCGGGCCCACCAAAUCGUGACCGUGAACAACCCCGCCCCGGGACUGCUAUCUCUACCGAUGUACCAACAGAACCCCUGUGCGUCAGAACGACCCCCUUCGUCGAUGGUGAUCGCCCACCAGUUCACAUGUCGUGGCGGCCUCCUUCACACCACGGCAAGCGAUCCAUUGACUACACCGUCCGCCCGAAGUCGGGCAUAGCUCCGCCGCUCCCAGCCGCAGUCGGCAGCACCGCAAGAGAGCCUGUGAUUCCGAAUCUCCCAGUGGCGAGUCAGGCCACGUCAUACCCGUCCAUUCCGGGAUCCUCAUCUUCAUCUAGGACCGCCUGGGCCCCGAGUGCAACAGGACAUCAGAGGCAGAGAAGCGGCUCACGCGAACUAAAUGGAAGGGCAUCAGUAUCCCAGCACGUGCCGAUGCCGCCAGCCCAAGCACCGUCUCAAGUACCGCCACUUCCGAUUCCCCGGAGACCAGUUGACACAAGCACGACCUCUGCACCAAGUCCCGUGUGCCGUGCCACGACAACGCCUAGCCCGAGAUCCAAGGCUUUGAGAUCUCACCCGCCAUUUGCUGCUUGGCCAAACAACAAUGGCAACUCGAACAUCAGGCCCUCGACUGCCCCGGGGCUGCCGGCGUCCACGAUAGAGAACUGGGGCGUACCUCAGCAUAGUAUUUCUCUCAAGAGGAAACCGGUGGGAGAGGGCAGAACCAGCUCCGAGACAGACAGGCAGUCUGCGAUCGUGGAUGAUGAUUACAGCAGCUCGUGCUACGAGGACGACGAUAGUGAUGUUCAGGACGAGGAAGAGACUGGCGACUCGGAGGGAUUGGUCCGUACUCUAUCGAGGACUCAGAGACGGCUAUUGAAGGAGAAGGGGAAGGGACUGAAGCGCUCAAACACUGCCAACAACUUCUCGAGGCCGUUGCCACGAUCUAAAUCUCUGGUCAGCAUACAUCGCCGAUCAUUUUCAGAACAUUCCCAGACUACCAAUACUGCAUUUACCUUCAACAGCGGCGAGGUCCGCUAUAAAGAUUGA